AUGAGUAAUUAUCACCCUCAGUCUCAGGACAUGUAUCACGAUAAUUCCGCUUCUCGAUCUCCUGGCUCGCAGCGCCAUCAUCCUCACCCACAACUCCACCGCCAAUCAUCCAGGCAUUUUGAUGUCUUCGGCCCCAUGUCUGCUGGUAUGUACGAUGACCCUAUGGCACGGUACGACUCCGUCCGUCUGGAUCGAAUGAACCCUACCCUUCAUGGUAACUCGUAUACCUAUGACCUCUCUGGUUCCCAAACUUGGAAUUCAAGCGGUUUUGGAAGUGCAAACACGUUAAGUGUAGGAUCAGGGACGGGAACCGGCACUGGAAGAUUGAAGCCCGCUGCACGUGGAAGGACUGGCCUCCCAGCUACUUGGCUUGACCAGCAGCCUGGAAUCGCAGGUCCCUUCAGCUUGGGACCUACUAAUCAUCUCCAAACAAAUCAAAUGCGUCCAGAGAAUUUAAGCCCUGAGGGAGACGAUGAGCUCAUUCCGACCGCUAUAGUCAUCAAGAACAUUCCAUUCGCUGUGAAAAAAGAACAGCUAGUUCAACUCAUGACAGAGAUGAAUCUGCCACUUCCAUACGCUUUUAACUACCAUUUCGACAACGGAGUCUUCCGUGGGCUGGCUUUUGCAAACUUUACCUCUGCUGAAGAAACAGCCACCGUCAUUGAAGUUCUCAACCAUUUCGAGCUUCAGGGAAGGAAACUUAGGGUUGAAUAUAAGAAAAUGCUACCAUUACAAGAGCGGGAACGGAUUGAGCGCGAAAAGCGUGAGCGCAGGGGCCAGCUAGAGGAACAGCAUCGCCCAAUGCCUAAUUCCCAACUUAAUUCGCAACCUUCAUUGACGUCCUUGACAUCAAACAUUCCAGUAACCUCUCCAUCACCGGUCUCGCAACGGGGUACGGAGUUAAAAGUUAACAUGAAUGAACCCGAAACGCUUAAAUAUUACUCUCAACUUCUACUGUUUAAACAAGAUUCGAGCAGAGAAGCUCUCAUAUUCUCUGCAAAGCUGUCGCCUCUGCAACGUCGCACCGUUCACACUCUCGCGCACAAUAUGGGAUUAGGACAUGCCUCGCGAGGGACUGGUGACCAGCGUCAGGUUCAUGUGUUCAGAGCAACAGAUCCCAACAUAAGUCCACCCGGUCCAGCGAAUCCCACCAGCAUCCAAACUGCAGACACGUCCCGACGUGGCCUUAACCGGGCUGCUACAAUCGACUUCAGUGAGGCAAGAGGCGAUGCUCCUGGCCCGUUCAAUACCCUUCGUGGCCAUCACUCAGGCUUUCUGAGUGUUCUUGACUCUCCUGGUGGUUUUGGAAAUGCCCAGAAUCUACGAGCAGCUAAAUCCUUUGCGGACCUUCGAUCAUAUACACCAUCUCCCGUACCCUCCUCUGCUAGCUUCCCCGCCGCUCUACAGUCCAAUGGAACUCGUUUUCAACCUUUCGACGGGAAUACAAGCGGUGCGUCUAACACGCCCAUUCUGACACCAACCCUCUCUGGUUCUACAAUUGGCGGUCAGCGUGAUGACAAUUUGCUGGCAAACACUUUGGGAAGCCUUUCCCUCGGGACAGGCAUCGGUGGUCCAACUUCGGGUAGUCCUAGACGCCUUCGUGGAAUGUUCUCCUGGGAACAGCAGGAUUCCCAACCAUCCACAACUGGUCCAAUAGGGAGCAACCGAUCUAUCGGUUUGGGUUUUGAUACUCAAUCGUCCCAGGAACGUCUUCCCCUAAGACAACCCAGAGGCCCUGCCCCGGAACGUGGAUCCGGUUUUCGCCGCCAAAAUGGCCAUCAGACUCGAGGAAGUGACGAACUGCGAUCCGGCUCCAAUGUUGAGAUAAUUGUUGAGUAA